GUGAGUUUCAAGUCAUUGUUGUAGCAGUGUUAUAGGGGCGGACCUAUUAACCCAACCGACUUUGAAAAUCGUUUUCUAGAGCAGAUGUGGGCAAUGCCUUGGGCCUAAUAGUGAUUUAUUGGGACGGUGAAAACUAAAAACCAGCCGUCUCUAUCUAUUGAUAAAUAAAAGGUGGUGUAUAAAAAACCGGUUUUUAAAUUGCGGGUGUUCCAAAAGUGGCACUUUUCUUAGCUUGUGUGUGGCCAAAAUGGAAAGAGGCCGGGGUUGCAAGACACCCGAGCCGAAAACUUGGAACGCGUAAUGCGGCGGCGGAAAAGAGUUUGCACGCCAUGGAUGCGACAGCCAUUUUGUUUAUACUUGCAACCCAUGCCCAAUUGCUGAAUUGCCCAUCUCAUCAACGACGACGUGUUCCUCGAAUUUGUCCGGCCUUUUUCUCCAUGCACUCGACUCAUGCCGCGCCGUUUAUUCUUAAUUUCUCCCGUUGGCUGGCAUAUCCAUGCGUCGACGACCUCAGCUCGUUGCAUUGUUGCCCCCACGUUGCAUUGCUUUGUUGCUCUAGCCCUCUAGCUGCUAACAGUAUAACAGUAGCUCGCUGCUCGCCCGCCCGCCCGGCGGCCGUCUCUUAUCCAUCGCCGCCUCGCCGGCGAGCAGAGCAAGCUACUCUACCGGCCGGUGGCUCCAACUCCGAUCCACUCCGCCAAUCCAUCAUGCUGCUCAGCGUAGUGCUUCUUCGUCUCUUGGCCACCGGCGGCCUCAUCAUCUUCCUGUUGUGUCCCGCGUCCUGCCUUGCUCCUCGUCGUCGUCGUCCUCCUCCCCCUCCUUCCAUCAACGACGACGGCAACUACUACUGCGACUGGUGCCCUCGCCACUCCACCGCCUCCGCCGACCUCGACGCGUUGCUACGUGGUAACGGCGGCGGUGCCUGCGGGUACGCGGCAGCAGAGCUGGACAGAGGAGCCCCCCACGUCGCCGCCGCGGGCGCCGACUUCUUCUUCCGCGACGGCGCCGGCUGCGGCGCCUGCUACCAGUUGAGGUGCAGAGACAGGAGGGUGUGCGGCGACGGCGGCGUCAAGGUCGUCGUGGUGGCCGGCGCGGCCAACCGGACGGGGUUCCUGCUCACCAGGGAGGCCUUCGCUGCGAUGGCCAAGCCGGGCAUGUCGUCCGAUGAUCAACUGCUGCCCGGCUUGGGCGGCAAUGCUGUUCAGGUCGACUUCCGAAGAAUACCCUGCGAGUACAAGAACAAGAACCUGUCGGUACGCGUCGAGGAGGAAUGGAGCAGGCACCCCGCGCACCUGGCCAUCAGCUUCCUGUACCAGGGCGGGCAGACGGACAUCGCGGCCGUCGAGAUCGCGCACGCAGCGGCGGACGCGCCGGCGCCGGCGCCGUCGUGGAGGUCCAUGGCGCGCGUGCCCAGGCGCGGCGCCGUGACGUGGCGCACCUCGCGCGCGCCGGCGGGACCGUUGCAGCUCCGGCUCGUCGUCACGGCCGGCGUCGGCGGCAAGUGGCUGCGGGCUGGCGGGGACGUGUUGCCGGCGGACUGGCGGCCUGGGCAGGUGCACGACACGGGGCUCCGGGUCCACGACGUCGCCCUGAGCACCUGCGCCCGAUCCUGCCUGGCGCGCCGGCCGCCGGUGGUCGCCGGCAGCCAGGAGCUCAGGUAGAGUAGAUUAUUUUAGAUACGAGUAGACGAUCAGGCAGAGGCAGGCAGAAAAUGGCAUGCAUUAACCUGCAGGAGAGCGAGAUUAGCUUGUUGCUUGUGUACAUAAUGAUGAAUCUCCGUCGUACAUGAUAGAUUCGCCGCGUUUUUUUAUGAGCUGAAUAAUGAUGAAUCGACGAUGGAGUUCGUCGUCGAUCGAUUCGUCGUC